ACCCGGGCGGCGAGCGAAACCGAACUUCGAUCGUCCAGGUGAUGAACACCCUUCACUCUGUCGGUUCUUCCCAAGCAGUCUACCAGCAAAGGCAGGAGCACUGGGAUGAUCCAUUUAACGUAAGUGCGUGAUAAAUUAAAUGGCUCCCGUAAUGGAGGGCACACACACAGUGCUCUUUCUGCACAAACCCAUCCAGGAGUUUAGCCACAUCAGCCUGUACUUCCCCACUGGGAGGGUCCGAUGCUUUACGUAUGGCAGCCGCGCCCCUCGUGACUGCCAGCCCCUGUACGCUAAUCAGCAUGACCAGGGGGAUGAAGAUCCCGCAAGGGCCAAACAAAGAGGCCAGUCUUACAAGCCAGCGGGCGAUGCCUCCCAGUCUUGCAAUUCAACAAAAGGAGUUUUAGCUGAGGUUCAGUGGCUGUCUGCGGAACACUUGCAGUUGCUGGUGGAUCUCCUGUCUCUAUGCGGUGACUGCGCAGCCAGGGUCAAAAUGGGCAACCAGGAUGGGAAGUUCCCAGGUCAGCCUGAAGCUUAUGCAGGACAUCUUUUGCAUGAUCUUAGCAGCAGCAACCUUCAACAUGCCCUUUUGUUGUCCCCAGACCAUAAAAGAGCAGCCUCCCGAGUUAGGAGGUUGAAAAAGUUGGCCGGUAAGAAGACAGACAGUGCUGAAGAGUUCUUGCAGAGUAAGAUGAAUAAGAAAGUACAGAGCAUCACAGCUUCAGAGCUUCCACAAACUCAUCUGGAUGCAGUCUCAAUGGUUAUUCAGACAGCUGGAACCCCCUUGUUUAAUGCAGGUUCAGGCUCCUAUGCCAGUGUCGGCAGCGAGCCACUUCUCCCAAUGGAAGGACCCUUCCAAACUGCUCAGGAAGGCUGGGACUUCAUGGAGGAUUCACGUCCAUUCGACUCAGAAAUGGACCUCUGUUCCGAGCUCACAGAAUUUGAGGACCAGUUCUCUCUGAGUUAUGGAGCUUCAACCUGUACUUUCAUGGAUAAUGUGCAGGACCAUAUCCAAAUGGCCAGUGGAAAUAACAUACGACCUAGCAGGAACAGCAGUUCUACAGGGAAUGAGGAUUUUGAAGAGAAGCCUGAAGGUAAGACUGCAGCUCAGCUCUAUGAUGAUAUCAACAGGAGGGACAUGACUGAGAGCCAAAAGAUGGACAAUGCUGUACAGUGCAAUUCCUGCCUAGAGACCAAAGAAGCUUCCUUUGGUGCUGUAGAAGUUAUGCCAUAUACCAGCAAGGACAGCUCUGUUAUGGGACACAACAUUUGCCAACAUUUGAACCAUAAAGAGGUGAGGGCCUUCACUGAAAACUGUACUCAGAGAAAGGAGGUAGAGUCAAACGUGGGGGACAGAUAUUCUGAGGCAAUGAGGAUUCCACUCUCAGCCCAUGCUCAAGCUCAGUCUGGAGUCUCUAACCUUAGGCCCUGGACCAAAAGUCCCACAUCUCCUUCCCUUUCUGGCAUUUUCAAUGUGUCCUACCCACCAACCAACAGUCUCCAGAGUAUGUCCCCUGUCCUUUCACCACUGUCCUCCAAGCUGUCCAGUCCUCAGCUGAAUCAUCGCAUUGUAUUGCUGCCUGAAGAGAAUGGGGGUAAGGAAGAAGACAGAGAUGAAGCAACUGGGUCAUGGUCAGAAUCUGGGAAUCAGCCCAAAGUUACAACAGAAGUCAUAGACAAAAAUGGGAACCGUAGAACUAUUACGAGGCUGGACCUGAACCUUAGCCGACAAGGAACCAGGAACUCUACAUGGAGCACUGCUGGCACAUCUGGUUCUACAACUACAGAGGACCCCCUUUUGAGACAAGAUGACAUCUGGUUGUUAGAAGGUGAUGACUCCGUUUCCCAUGAGCCCCUAUGUCGAGCAACCAGACCUGACCGUCUUGACUUUCUGAGGAUCACACCACCAGAGGAUGAUAUUAUUGGAGAUACACCAUACCACCUGAAACCUGAGCUUACAUCUGAGGUCUCCUCCCCAACUGACAGCGAAGACAGAACACCUGGGCGUCUUCAAGCAAUUUGGCCCCCGCCCAAACCUAAGGAUGAGGAGGAGAAAGUGGGACUUCGAUAUACUGAAGCAGAGCACCAGGCUGCCCUGCUUCAGCUGAAGAGAGAAUGCAAAGAGGAGGUGGAAAAGCUGCAUGCCAACUUUGAGCUCCAGGUCUUCCAGUUGCGGGGAGAGCAUGCUGUGGCAGUGUCCCGGCUGGAGGGAGUCAUUACCGAAAUGCAGCGGAUGCAACAGAACGGCUCGUUGCAGGAGCGGGGGGACCUGCGGGAGGCCUGCGUGUCCACUGAAGACGACAUACCCCCCAAAACCUACCGCACCGUCUGCAUCCAGACUGACCGCGAGACCUUUAUCAAGACGCCGCCAGAGGGGGACGGACCCAAGUUGACUCCAAGCCCCAGUCUCAGCCUCCCCAAAAAACUCGACCUAGACUCUAUUACCAUGACCUUGGGUGUGACCCCAGGAGCUCCACCUCCUCCACCUCCUCCUCUGCCAGGCCAGUCACAUGGCUCAGCAGCUCUGCCUGCACCACCACCACCACCGCCACCACCACCGCCGCCACUCCCUGGAUCCAAAGCACCACCUCUUCCACCCCCUUUGCCUGGACUUGGACCUGCACCGCCUCCACCUCCACCCCUCCCUGGAGCUCCGCUGCCUCCCCCGCCCCCUCCACCUGGCAUGCCUGGUGUCCCUCCUCCACCCCCACCCAUGCCUGGGUGUGGCCCCCCACCUCCUCCUCUUGCCUUUGGUGGCUUUGGCUUUGGCCAGGCCACAGAUAAACCCCCCCGUAAGCCAGCUGUAGAGCCCACCUGUCCAAUGAAGCCCCUCUACUGGACUAGGAUUCAGAUUCAUGAUAACAAUAAUAACACGCUGUGGGGUUCUUUGGAAGAGCCAGACAUAAUUGACACAAAGGAGUUUGAAGAUCUUUUCUCCAAAGCCACACUGCAGCCCAAGAAGAAGCCUCUUUCUGACACCUAUGAGAAGAAGACCAAAGCUAAGAAGAUUAUCAAACUGUUGGAUGGGAAGCGUUCUCAGGCGGUGGGAAUCCUAAUAUCCAGCCUUCACCUGGAGAUGAAGGAUAUUCAGCAAGCUGUUCUUACCGUGGACAACUCCGUGGUGGAUCUGGAGACCAUUGAAGCUUUAUAUGAAAAUAGAGCUCAGAGUGAUGAACUGGAGAAGAUCAAAAAACAUUAUGAGACAUCGAAAGAAGAUGAAGUCAAGCUAUUGGACAAGCCCGAACAGUUUCUUUAUGAGCUUUCUCAGAUUCCGGAUUUUGCUGGCCGCGCUCACUGCAUCAUAUUCCGGUCAGUGUUUCAGGAUGCUAUAUCCUCCAUUCAUCGCAAAGUAGAGAUCAUCUCCAGAGUGUGCAAGGAGCUCCUGGACGGCAGCAGUCUUAAAGAAGUGAUAGGCCUGGUCCUAGCCUUUGGGAACUAUAUGAACGGUGGGAACAGGACCAGAGGGCAGGCUGAUGGCUUCGGUUUAGAAAUUCUCCCCAAAUUGAAGGAUGUCAAGAGCAGGGACAACCGGAUCAGUCUGGUGGAUUAUGUGGUGUCAUACUACCUACGAAACAUAGAUGAGAAUGCAGGAACAGAUAAGAGUGUUUUCCCACUGCCUGAGCCUCAGGAUUUGUUCCUGGCUGCUCAAGUCAAGUUUGACGACCUCUCAAAGGACCUACGAAAGCUAAAGAGGGAUCUCACAGCCUCUGAAAAGAAUGUGCAAAAGGUGUGUGCCAACUCCUUGGAGGAUCACCUCCAGCCAUUCAAAGACAAGAUGGAGGCUUUCAUCGCUACUGCGCAAGCAGAGUAUGCAGCUGAAGAUGACCGCCUGAAUGCUGCCCAGAAAAGCUUUCAGGACAUGGUGGGCUACUUUGGACUGAAGCCCAAAUCUGGAGAAAAAGAGGUUGCUCCCAACUACGUUUUCAUGCUCUGGUUUGAGUUCUGCAACGACUUCAAAAACACAUGGAAACGUGAGAGUAAGAACAUCUCCAAAGAGAGACUAAAAGAAGCUCAACUGAAUGUCCAGAAGAUCACAGCUGAGAAGAAGGUGGAGAUAAAGAAGGUCAAUGCCAACAGUCUGAAAGAGAGGCUGAGGCAGAAAGAAGCAAGUGUAUCCUCCAGCUGAAAAUGAAAGGAGAAAGGCAAGAACAAGAGCUUUCCAUCCUUUCCACCAUCUCCUCUAAGACAGAGAACUGUUUCCACAGGAGACGUUCACCAUAACCUGCUCCAGACUUCUUUAACGUGAAAGCCAUAACAAAGAUCUGAGACAGGACAUUUCCUCUAUUGCGAAUGUGCAAUCAGUGGUGGUGGGACUACUCGAGUUCAGGGUUCAGUGUGGGACCUAGAUAGACUUGAAAAGCUCUUAGAGAAGAACUGAAGAUGCUUAUGAGGAUUCUCCACACAAAGAACUUUAACAUAUCGUGAGCAGUGACCCUUUGCUUCUGCAGUAGGGCCAUCCAAAGGUGCUACGGGGGGCUGAAUGGGUUAAUCAUACCCACUGUAGCAAACACUUGCAAUUCCAGCAUAAUUUUUAAUUAAACCAGAUGUUGAUAACAAGUAAGCCUCAGAAAGUUAGACAGGUUUAGCUCCAAAAAGAGGGCGCUGAUGAAGCAAUAUGCAGACAGACCAUCAUAAGGUUUAAUGAAUGAAUAGUAUGUUAAAUCUGUUUUACACCAUACACAAGAGAAUACUGCUGUUUCAACUUGUUUCAGUUUAAGGCAAACAAAAUUGGUUGAUUUGUUACCCCUUUUUUCAUCUAAGCAGGCAAAAUGGGAGACAGCCAAAUAUCGUUAGCAGUAAAAACCUCCCUCACAAACCUCAAGUGACCAACCACAACCCAAAAAUCAGUCAGCGUGUUUUUUUUUUUGUUUAGUGACUGAUAUUGUUUUGGUAGUACUUAACUGCAUAAUGUUUGUUGCAGUUUCCAUGCACUUUCUUGCUUGCAGCAGCCAUUAUCUUACCAUUUCCCUUUUCCAAACAGUACUUAAUCCUGUGUACUGUGACUCUUCUGCACCUCAUUUGCAAUUUCUAUGCAGUCUCCUUUUUUGUGACCCACAUUGUCCAUGUAAAACAGAGUAUAUUUAUUUUGAUAGAAUAUUGGUGUAUUGGUGAACUAACAGUUGUGGUUACAGUUAUCUGUUAAAAUAUAACAGUAAGUAUAUCGCUGCUGUCGGAACAAAACCUUCAAAAUGGUAACUUUACAGGAGGAGGAAAAAUCCACUUUUUUCAAAGUCUGUU